AUGAUAUUAGGUGGGAUCCUAGUAGGCAACUUGCUUCACAGCACGGUCUCUAGUCUUGAUAAAGCUGUGGCAUUACAAAUCAGAAACAUUUCAAUUGCUGUUAUCUUAAUGAAAGCAGGUCUGGGUCUUGAUGUCCAAAAAUUAAAAGCCUCAAGCGCAGGCAUUCUUCGUCUUUCAAUAAUUCCGCAAGCUUUAGAAGCCUCAGCAAUAGCUGUUUUAUCAUAUCUCAUUUUUGAUAUGUCUUGGGCUUUCGGCUAUGCUAUGGGCUUUAUGAUUGCUGCUGUAUCUCCAGCUGUGCUCAUCCCGUGUUUAAGUGAACUAAUCCGCGAAGGGUAUGGUCUGGGCUCUGGAAUUCCAAGUAUUUUGAUGGCCGCAAAUAGUCUAGAUAAUGUAAUAGCCAUUGCAUGUAACUUUAAUUUAGUAUUUGGAGUGCUUCUUAACAUCGGGUUGGGAGGCUCAGGAGAUUCUCUCAUUUUUGGAGACAACAAUACGGUAUAUUAUACAUCAAUUGGACCUAUAAUUGUUUUUGGAGGGAUAAUUGCAGGACUUAUUUUAGGAAAAUUUUACUCUCUUUUAGUGAAGCUAAAUGAUUGAAUAAAAGGAAUUAUCACAGCAUUGGUGUCAUAUGGACUUGUAUUCGUUGCCUCUUACCUCAGCAUAUCUGGCUUAGGAUAUCUAGGAGUUGUAAUCAGCUCAACAUUGGCAGCAGCAAAAUGGGGAAAAGACUCAACAGCCAAAGUAGCUCGGGUGAUAACGCUGAUAUGGAAUGUAUUUCAAUAUGCCUUAUUUGGAUUGGUAGGCACCACUUUUUAUUUUCCUCAAUUAGCUGGUGACACAGUCGGUAAAUGUUGUGCUAUAAUCGUUGCAGGAUCAUUAGUGAGGAUUGCUGCUGCUUAUUAUUCGGUUAGUUGGUGCAAGUUAACAAAUAAAGAAAAAGGGUUCGUUGGGAUUGCGUGGCUGCCGAAAGCAACAAUUCAAGCUGCAUUAGGAGGGGUUUUAUUAGCAAAAGCUCAAAGUGAUGAUAAUUAUAAGCAAUAUAAGGAUGAUGGGCUUAUUAUUCUAACUGGUUCGGUGUUUAGCAUUCUUCUGACAGCCCCUAUUGGCAGUAUUCUGCUUACAUUGUUUGGACCAAGGCUGCUUCAGAAGUCUGCAAACGAAUUUGAAACUAGCAAAGAAGCUUUUGCCCCUUUGAGAGAAUCUGAAGCAAGCGCACAAAGUAUCCCAAUAACUAGAGAGAAAAGGAUGAGUGAAGAAUAUAUUGAGCAUAAGAAAUAUUAUUAUAUGAGCUCAGAGGACUUAGUAAGAUCAGAUAUUGACUCAAUGAUGAGAAAUAGCGUGUAG